AUGGAGAAGAAGCGUCGCUUGCGGCUGCAGGAGCGGUCUAAAGGGGCCUCCAGGCUUUUUGACUUCGACGGCUCCAACGCUGUAUUAUAUAAGGAUGCCCCGAUGUUUAUCGACCAAGGAAGCUCCAAAAGGCGUCCAUUUACAUACUAUGGCGAAAUGAGCCGUUUGCCAGAAAGGAAAGCCACUCUGAAAUCGACAAAGAUAUCCAGGAAGGAGAUCGUGCUUCCGAGAAGGCAGCGAACAAAGGGCGAUCCACUCAGUGACGAUGUGUAUCUACCUUUCCACCGGAAGAUGAAGCGAGAUGAGAAGUCCAUGACAGGCUCUGACAAAAACAGAAUCGCCAACGAGGUCGACAACUUCAGAAUGCAAUUGAUGCUCCUUCAGCAAAACAAUUGGGCCCGUCACUUGCCCAAAAUGACGUAUAUCAACGAUAAGUCGGAUGCUGCAGAGCUACUGUGGAAACGCCAUGCCACAGCCGCCGAGCUUCUGCGACUUGUGCUGAAGUAUGAAAACUGGGAAGCCCGUAACGAGCAAUGUAUCGCUGACAUCAAGGAAUUUGAAAGCAGGAAAAAUCCCAAAGCAGCUGAUAGCGAACCUGUGGAGGAAGAUGAUAGUGACGAGCUGAUCUUGGCACUGACUCUGGUUCAAGAGGAACGAGAACAACAACGGCUCGAGGAGUAUGGGCCCCUGCUGAGACUUCUAUUGCAUAACGGGUACGACCUUGUGUUUGGUCCGUUGCAAUUCCCACGAAUUGAACCUCUGAUUCUGUAA